ACAACCUUUAUGAACAUCAGCCAAAUGUCAGGAAAUAUUCUUAUUUAUAUACCUUCGUCGUCCCUUGAAAAACCUCAAUUCGUAAUUUUUGUCGGGUCACAAACUUGAAAAUGUUGUUGCGCGUUGUUUUAUGUACUUGCAUCGUAUAUCAGGCAGUUAAUGCUAAUGAAAGCAAGCUCAAAGAUUACGAAGGGAACCCGUCAGUAGAUUAUUUCUGGACUACUGUCCGCCAAACCUUCUUGCGUUUUAUUGACUCGUGGAAUUUAGACGACCCAGCCAACGUUGUAUCCAGAGAAACUCUACAAGAAAUAUGGUACCCUUUGGAGCGAAGUUUCAAAGACAAGAUUGGUUCCAGGAGUUGGAUGCGGAUUAGUAAUCAUUUUAAAGAUACAAUGACUCAUCCCCAGGCUGCCGAUACGCUGGAAAAGUUGUUCUCCUGUAUUCAUCGUUUGCUACUUCGUAACGCUUCCAAAGAGGUUAAAGAUUUAUACAGAGGUUUAGAUCAGAAGGAAAAAGCAUGGAAUAAUUUAUUCAAGUUGAAAGUUUUGUUCAUCAAUGAAAUAUUCAAAAUUCAAGAAGAUCCUCAAAUGAGAAAAUCAUUCGGCGCUAUUAAAAACUUUGUUAUUGGACGCAUACGGAAACAUCUAAAUGAAGAAUCGUCAGAAGACUUGGUCAAGGAAUCGGAAGGCGAUGAUAAACAUCCAGAAAAAUCAUCCAAACAUGAAAAACACGAGAAAAAAUCUCAUUCCAAGAGAAAGCAUGAUAAAUCGUCAUAAAUGACCAAAAAUUUCAUUCGUUAUCAUUAGGUAGGUACCAAAAAAUCUAAUCGAGUACAAAACUAAUUAACUGUUAAAGCUUAUAAAAUUCGUCGAAAUUUAAUAAAAAUAUAAAUGUUUUGAAC